AGGACCCCGUCCUGAUCCGGCCGUUCCGAGGCCACAGAGCUGCGGUGACGGGUGUCGCCUUCAACGCGGACGCCGCGGGGCUGGGGGCUGCUUUUAAUCGCCUACGAUGAGGAUCCGACUGGCCAGAAGAUGGACGUGGGUCCGCAAAAGCUGCGUGUUUCUCGGCUUCUUGAUGAUCGCUUACUUUGUGGUCGAGCUGUCGGUUUCUUCCUUCGGUGCCUCCCUCGCCGGGGAGAGCAUCACCAAAGGGAAAUGGGAGAGGCGCUUUUCUGACAGAGCAGAAGCUGUGGAUUUGGCUCGUCCAGUUUAUGACAAAUCCCCGCCUGAUCCUUAUGCCCCGGGAGAAUGGGGAAAGCCCUCUCGCCUGCAGCUGAGUCCUGAGGAAAAGAAACACGAAGAAGAGCUGAUUGAGAGGUAUGCAAUUAAUAUUUACUUGAGUGAUAAAAUCUCUCUCCACCGGCACAUUGAAGAUAAUCGACUGAGUGGCUGUAAAGCUAAAUCUUAUGACUACAGAAGACUGCCCACAACAUCUGUUAUAAUUGCUUUUUACAAUGAAGCCUGGUCAACAUUGCUGAGGACGAUACAUAGUGUUCUUGAAACAUCACCUUCAGUGCUUCUAAAAGAAAUUAUACUGGUGGACGACUUGAGUGAUAAAGUGUAUUUGAAGGCUGAACUUGAAAAAUACAUAAGCAGUCUGAAAAGAGUUCGUUUGGUAAGAACCAACAAACGAGAAGGACUGGUUCGUGCACGCUUGAUUGGCGCUACCUUUGCGACUGGUGAUGUCCUCACGUUUCUGGACUGUCACUGUGAAUGUGUCUCUGGCUGGCUGGAACCACUGCUUGAGAGGAUUGCUGAGAACGAGACCGUUAUUGUUUGUCCAGUCAUUGACACUAUUGACUGGAAAACAUUUGAAUACUACAUGCAAACGGCAGAGCCCAUGAUUGGGGGGUUUGACUGGCGGCUGACGUUCCAGUGGCACUCAGUGCCUCAACACGAACGUCUGAGGCGCAAAUCUGAAACUGACCCAAUCAGAUCCCCAACUAUGGCUGGUGGCUUGUUUGCUGUCAGCAAGAAGUAUUUUGAGUACUUGGGUACCUAUGAUACAGGAAUGGAUGUUUGGGGAGGGGAGAACUUAGAAUUGUCGUUUAGGGUUUGGCAGUGUGGAGGCAUGUUGGAAAUUCAUCCGUGCUCCCAUGUAGGCCAUGUGUUUCCAAAGCGUGCACCCUACGCUAGGCCGAAUUUUCUUCAGAACACGGCACGUGCUGCUGAGGUGUGGAUGGAUGAGUACAAAGAGCACUUUUACAACAGAAAUCCUUCAGCAAGAAAAGAAAACUAUGGAGAUAUUUCUGAAAGAAAGAUAUUAAGAGAGCGUUUGAAAUGCAAGAGUUUUAACUGGUAUUUAAAAAAUAUAUUUGCUGAUUUGCAUGUACCAGAAGAUCGUCCUGGCUGGCAUGGUGCUAUCCGCAGUGCAGGAAUAGCUUCAGAAUGCCUCGAUUAUGUCUUACCAGAACAUAAUCCUACUGGGGCUCACCUUUCUCUUUUUAGAUGUCAUGGUCAGGGAGGCAAUCAAUUUUUUGAAUACACAUCAAAUAAGGAGAUUAGAUUUAACUCUGUAACUGAGCUAUGUGCUGAAGUUCCUGAGCAUGAAGACUUCAUAGGUAUGAGGAGCUGCCCAAAAGAUGGAUCUCCUGUCCCAGAAAUUAUUAUAUGGCAUUUCAAAGAAGAUGGGACUGUUUACCAUCCUCACUCGGCAAAGUGCCUUACUGCUUAUCGUACGGCUGAGGGGCGUGCUGAUGUGCAAAUGAGAACCUGUAAUGCUGCAGAUAAAAAUCAGAUUUGGAAAUUUGAGAAAUAAUCACUGCCGGUGAUAUGGACUGACUGGACUGUGACCUCCAAGGUUUUUACAUGCAUGAACAGAUAAUGACGUUUGAUUGUAUACCUUGGAAUGUCUUCAAUCAUUUCUGUAGUGGUAUAAAAACUGUAUCUGCUGUGGUGAACUGUAUGGGAAGCAAAAGUAAAUACUGGGGUUUAGUUUCUAAAAUGUUGAAUACAGAUCUAAUGUCCUUUAUUUUUGUAAAAUUUUGAUCCAUUAUUUUCUUACUUUAGUCUGUCUUGAUUGUGGUAAAACAAAGCCUUUUCAGUGCCUGAGGAAGUUUGUUUUUGUUCUUGGUUUUUUUUUUUUCCCCCCCCUUAAGUUAUAUAUGUUAAAUCUGGAAUAUAAUGUUACAUGAAAGUAAAGGACCUGUACUUGCAGAAGUGAAGGUUAAGGUUCUUGCAGUGGAAUUGACUGACCUAUGUUGCAGAUACAUUAUAACAUAUGUAUCUAACAACCUAAGUAAUGCUACAGUAUCAUGUGAUUGGGUUGACAUUGAUGUGGAAGGUUGAACCUUAAGCCUUGUAGUAUUCUGUAGUUUUCUGGGAAUCUACCUGCUCUUAAGGGUUUCAGGGUGACAACUAGCUAUAUUACAUUGAAAAAAAGGAAGUUUUUUUUUAGUAGAUGGGCUUUGGCACUGUUGUGCAGUCUUGUGCCUAUUCUGGAAAACUUAGCUCAUGAAGGUGAGUCAGGAGCUCUCCUGUUUGGAGAAGGGCAUGGUAGCAGUGGAACCAAGGACAUGCUGGUGGUACCGCAAAUGGGAAGAGAUAGGGAUGGCUACAAGUAAGAAUUCUGUUUAAAAGUAAUGAAGAAGGAAAGAAAGCACAGAAUUGCAUUGGCUAUUGCUGUUUCUUACUUUAAUAUUUACAUUGCCUCUGUGUAAGCUUUUGCAGGUAGAGUUUUGAAUUAAUGCAGCAUAUGCUGCCACUUUCUAGGCACCAUAGUACCAUGGGAGACCUCGGGUAAGGUUGGGUAGCUGGAGUUCCUGAAGCGAAGGGAGUUGAAAAGGCAAAAGGGAGCUUGGAGGAAACCAAGAUUUGUUGGUUAGAUGGUUCACAGAACAACUUAUUUAAAAUGUUUUCUGUAUCCUCUUACACUGAGUUUUGAAGAAUAUUGAUUCUUGAAUUAUGUCACUAAUCUUUUGAGUGUGAUUAUAGACAGUAGAUGUGAUAUAUCUAUCAUGUAUUUGAGAAAAAAAAUCUUGUGUUAUUAUCUGUGUUUUGUGCUUUAUAUGAUUUAAGUUGAACACUUAUCUUAAUGUUUCAGGCAUUCCAGCUUUUUUGAUUACUUUCACUGAACUGAUAAAUGUUCUUCAGUUGCCACAGUGCAGUAAUUCUUGAUGUGGGGCUGGUAGGUAGGAACUUGAGCUAGUGAGCAGUGAGAAUCUGGACACUUGAGGAAUGUAGUAGGUGUGCAUUUGCUGCAGGUGUUAGUAGGUAGAAGGUUUAAAAGGAAGCAAGUGAGACCUGAAAUAAGUGAAGAUUUGCUAAAAGUAAAGCAGGACUAAAUGAAGACAUAUUCUUGAAUCUUAGUGGGUUUAAAGAGUUGAGAGGUUUGGGUGUAAGAAGGUGAAGAUAGAAGGGGAACAAAAGCAAAUUUGGAGCUGUGGAUGUAGCGUUGAAUCGUGCUAAAAAUGCUUGCCACUGUGUGGCGUGGAUUGGUUUAAGUCUUGAACUUAUUUUUAGGAGGUUACUUGCAGUUUGAUUUUUUUUUUUCUUUUUUUCCCCCCAAGCUGAUUUUUUUGUUUUUGAAAAAGGGAACUUCUUUACUAUAUAAGGGAGACAUUCCUGAAAAAUUCCAUUCCACUCUGCAGCAAGGAAUUCUUUUGUGGACCUACAAGUUAUAAACUGUUUGUCAAAUUUCAAAAGGCAGCCAGUCAUUAUGUACUGGGCCAAUAAAUUAUACUAAGUAUGUGCUUUUGUGAAAAGCUUGCUGUGAACUACUACAGUCAAUAGAAAUGACAGGUAAAAGGCCUGAGUUCUCCUACAUGGUAGAGCAUAAGUUGUAUGUGCAAUGCAUGUUUCCUCAGAUGAAAGUUAUUGAAGUGUGAAUAGAGACUAUGCAACUUUUGUACAAUUAACUUUUUUAGGACUUAGCAAAAACUACAUUUCAUAUAAAGAGCUACCUUCGUGUUAAAACUGACAUUCAAAGUGUUCCUUAUCUAUUUAAGCAAUAAGUCUGAGUGAAUCUGCCUCAAAGUUUGAAAAGUUAUUCUCUCUGUAUGUAUCUGAACACUUCUUCCUUCUCCCCCCCACCUCCCAUUUUGUUUUUGUAGUUAUUAAAAAACUAAAAGUGGGGGAGAAAAGGCAAAAGUAAAUAACCUGGUCCUCAAAUAAUUAAAUAAACUUAUUCUGAAUGGGAAUAAAAAAAAAAUUUGGGGGUGUGGGGGUGGCUAGAGAAAGAGAGAAGGAAAAAAACCCAGACUUGCCAUUGCCAUUUCAAGUUCAACUAGUUUAGAACUGAGUUGCAAUUCUACAGAAAUACUCCAGUCAGGUUGUUUCUCAGUGUGUACUGAUUUCUGGAAAAUCUGAAACUCUGAAAGAUUUUCUAUUCUGUUAGACUUUGGAAGUUUGGGGAACACUUGUGUAUAUUUUAAGCUACUGAUUUUGAGUGACUUAUAGGAAUUUGAAUGUAAACUUAACACUGAAUAAAUGUGGGAGGGCCUUGGGGUUUCUUUUGGAAAAAUAAAAUCCAGAAUGAAAAUUAAA